GAAGUAAGUAAACAAUAUAUAUCGAUCCAAGUUAGUAUCGAUACCGAGACAGACCGAUUUUAAAGUUAUCGUCUGGUCCUGUGGGGCAUCUGAUUUUACGUUUCAAAAUGGCGCUGUCGAAAUCAUCAAACACUUAUGGACGUACAAGUUGGGAAGAUUCGGAGUUUCCAAUUCUCUGCCCAACAUGUCUAGGAGACAACCCUUACGUUCGAAUGAUGAAGGAAAAAUUUGGCAGUGAAUGUAAGAUUUGUGUCAGACCUUUUACAACCUUCAGAUGGUGCCCUGGUGCCCGUAUGCGCUUCAAGAAAACAGAAAUUUGUCAGACUUGUGCAAAACUUAAAAAUGUCUGCCAGACUUGCUUAUUAGAUCUUGAAUAUGGACUUCCCAUUCAAGUCAGAGACCAAGCACUUAACAUUAAAGACAAUAUUGCAAAAUCUGAUGUGAACAAAGAAUAUUUUAUUCAAAAUGCUGAGAAACAACUUUCUGCAACAGAUCAUGGUGUACCUGGAGCUGCUGGUGGUCCAGGAAAAUCUCAUCCUCCAUCAGAUCUUCUGAUGAAAUUGGCACGCACAGCACCAUAUUAUCGUAGGAACUUGCCACACAUUUGUUCUUUCUGGGUGAAAGGUGAAUGCAAAAGAGGAGAAGAAUGUCCUUACCGUCAUGAAAAACCCACUGAUCCAGAUGAUCCAUUGGCUGAUCAGAACAUUAAAGAUCGUUAUUAUGGCACCAAUGAUCCAGUGGCAGAAAAGCUCAUGCGUCGGGCUGCCACUCUUCCUCGUUUGGAUGCUCCUGAAGAUAAGUCCAUUACCACUUUGUAUGUGGGUAACAUUGGAGAGAAGAUGUUGGAAAAAGAACUACGAGAUCAUUUUUAUCAGUACGGUGAAAUUCGAUCCAUCACUAUCGUUUCACGACAGCAAUGUGCUUUUGUAACAUACGUCACCCGCUCAGCUGCAGAAUUGGCUGCCGAAGGAACCUUUAACAAACUAAUUAUUCAGAAUCGGCGGCUUGUUAUUCGUUGGGGUAAAUCUCAAGGCAAACAGAAUGUUCCUGGAACAACAAAUACUGAAGCUGGAGCUCGUUUUGAACCUGUUCCGGGUCUUCCCCGAGCUUUGCCACAUCCUGAAGAAUUGGAGCAUAACUUUUUCAAUUUAGCUCCUACAAGCAAUGCAUACCCAUCUCCUUAUCCUCAAUAUCCACCAUCCACAUAUCCAUUGAUCGCUCCACCACCACCAAACCCCACACCAAAUCAGGCGGAACUUCCAGUAUUUCUUGCCGAAAGUCAGCAAGGCAUCCAUUACCCUUCUCAGGAUCCGACUCGUCUUGGCGCGAUUAAUAAGACACGACAAACAUAACGACAGAAAUUUUCAGAAUUACGAUAUGCUUGUCUGUAAUUUUUGUAUUUCCGUUUUUGAAAUUUAAACUCUCACGAUAAAA